GUAUAUUAGUUGACUCGAAACAUUUCGCCGCGUCGGUUAAAGGAGCUUAACAAUAGUUUCUUUUUUUUUGUCGUAUACCCACAUUCAAUAAAGAUGUUCACCUACCGCCAGAUACUGAUGAUCCUGCUGGGCCAGCUGCUACUGCUGGGCAUCCAGAGCUAUCCUUUGAAGGAGGACCUGUCCUCCAGUGUGGUCCACUCGGCGGGUCUGCUGGGUCACUAUGCCGGCGGUCUGACUGGCGGCGAGGCUCUGUCCAAGCUGGACUUUAGCUCGUCAUCCCACGAGCUUGGGGCCUCCGCCGAGGCGGAUCACCUGGGCUCCCUGGGCGAUCACCUGGGCGAGGAGGGCUUCCCGGCGGACUACGGCAGCAGCGAUGCCGGCGAGGAGUACGCGGAGGCCAGCGAGGUGCACUCGCAGUACGAGGACCACGAGCAGAAGGCCGUGCCCGGCAUCGAUCACGGCAAGGGCGCCUUCAGCUACAGCACCCUGUACGAGUUCAAGGAUCGCGACGAGCACGAGCUCCACCACAUGCAGCACCAGGCCCUCGAGGAGCAGGUGGAGCACCAGCACCAGGCGGAGCACCAGCACCAGGCGGAGCACCAGCACCAGCACGACCACGACCACCACCUCGACCUGGACCACCACCAGCUGGAGCAUCUCUACUAAGACUGUGAUAGUCUCGCACCCAAACCUAGAAAAAUGCUCAAAAAUUACUAUAUUCUAAAUCUGUUUUUUUUUUUUUGUUUGUUAAUGAUUACUGAAAUAAAACUAAGUUAUAUCGAAAUUGGAAAGCAUUCUUUGGGGUUUUAAAAUUAAAACGAUAAGUCUAACAACCUUUUAAAUAAACUAAAG